AUUACCGUGCUUCUAGAAUCCAAGCUCGUGUCUGCUCGUGUCGCCUCAGAACUCUGACUAUACGUUGUUAAACCAAUGUAGUUGAAUUGGGUCGCAGCGAUAGAUAGAUUCAGCAGGAUUAAGCACCUUGACAUGAUUUAGAAUCUGCACGUGUUGUCUGAAGUGGCGAUGGCAAUGGUGCAGUGGAGCGCUCCUGCGACGGGGAGGGGCAAUGGUGUUGCUGCUGUGGCGUCGACGUCGGAGAUUGUAGGAAGGAAUUCCGCGACGAGCUGGAGGAGGGCUGGAAAGAGAGGGUUGGAAUCGAAGGCUAGGGUUAUUGUGGUGGGCAGAGCUAGCAGACUGGUGCAGGCUGCCAAGAGGGGAGGGAGUGGGAAUUUGGUGAACAGGACUCGGUUGUGCGAGGAAGAGCGGCGUGGGUUUUUGGGUGGAGGUGGACAAAGAGGCGGGUGGUUUGCAGGGGAGAUCCAGCAAUGGAGUGCGCUUAGAUUAGAGAGCCAGGGUGGUUCUAUGGGCAAGACAUCGAGGGGGAGGGGGAGGGGGAGGGGGAAGUUGUGCGUGCGCAUGGCUGCUGAUUAUUACUCUGUUUUGGGAGUACCCAAGGGUGCCACCAAGCAGGAAAUCAAGAGUGCUUAUCGUAAACUUGCGCGCAAGUACCAUCCUGACGUUAACAAACAGCCAGGGGCUGAAGACAAGUUUAAGGAAAUCAGUAGUGCUUAUGAGAUACUCUCAGACGACCAAAAGAGAUCAAUGUAUGACCAAUUCGGGGAGGCUGGUGUGAAGAGCGGGGCAGCCGGCGGAGCGGGUGCUUAUGGAGCGACGAACCCAUUUGAUCUCUUUGAGUCAUUCUUUGGGAGUAGCAUGGGCGGAAUGGGCGGAAUGGGCGGCAUGGGCGGCAUGGGCGGCAUGGGCGGUACCAGGAGACCCACAGUUGUUCAAGGUGACGAUGUUAGGUAUGACAUGGCCUUGGAGUUUACAGAUGCCAUCUUUGGUACAGAGAAAGAGUUUGAGGCUGCUCACUUGGAGACAUGCACAGCUUGCACUGGAAGUGGCGCUAGAGCAGGCACCAGUCGAAAGACCUGUCCUACAUGUGGUGGCAUGGGUCAAGUGAUGCGCACCCAGGAUACACCAUUUGGUACUUUCUCUCAGGUUUCUACUUGCACUACCUGUGGAGGGGAAGGCGAGGUUAUUAGUGAUUACUGUCGCAAAUGUGGAGGCGAAGGUCGAAUAAGAGUGAAAAAGAAUAUCAAAGUGAAGAUCCCUGCUGGCGUAAACAAUGGCAGUACACUUCGUGUUCGUGGAGAAGGGGAUGUCGGGCCUAGAGGAGGCCCACCAGGAGACCUAUAUGUCUUUUUGAAUGUGAAGGAGUUGGCUGGCGUUCAAAGAGACGGCAUAAACCUGUAUUCUACGGUACCUAUUAGUUUCACAGACGCAAUUCUGGGUACCGUAACACAGGUUAAGACCGUUGAAGGUGUUAAAGACCUUCAAAUUCCAAGUGGAACGCAACCUGGAGAUGUACUAGUGAUGUCCAAGCUAGGUGCUCCUAAACUAAACAAGCCGAAUGUGAGAGGGGAUCACUACUUCACUGUGAAGAUCACUAUUCCAACACGGUUGAGUGGGAUCGAGCGACAGCUGGUGGAGGAUCUAGCGAGAUUGCAGAAGUCUAAGGGACGUGGAGGAUCAGUGAAAAUGGGAUCUAGCAAUGGCAGCAGGCCACAACCAGGGAGUCAAGACGGCAGGACAGCAGUUUUAGAGAAGGAGAAAAUUGAAGUUGACGAAUCGGAGGAAGCAGAAGGGGUUAUUGAAACAAUCAAGAAUGCUGUGGGAUCUGCCGCAUCAGGUGCUAUCAAUUGGCUGAAGGACAGGCUUGGCUAAUUUCGCCGGAAUCGGUAUUUCGUAUGUUGUAAAUGCGCUUCUAUCGGCAGAUUUAACAUUUGCUGCAAAGAGAAACGCACCAAAAUUUACAUGUUUCUUUUUAAUUCAGCUAGUCAGAAUUUAGUGAGUAUCCAAGUACAAUUAGGAUUUUUUGUGAUUUAGUUGUGCUUGGCAUGAACAAUUGAGAUGUUCAAUUAGUAAAUUCCGCAUUUGUGUAAUUGUAUCGAUAACUAGAUAAUGUAUCACGACAUUGAAAGCAUCGGAUACAUGGUCUUCAAUUUUUGUUUCGAUGGUUUUUAUGAAAAGUAAAACGUGCAAUAAAUAUUUGCUUCAAUUUUUAUUA